AUGUAUACCUCAAUACCGUUAUACCACCAUGUAAACAUAAUUUUAAUUUUGCACCCACAGUUGUUCAUGAUUGACAAUUGCGCGGACGACUGGCGGAUCGCGAUGACGUGGCAGCGGAUCGCCACCAUCACGAUGGAGCUGGUGAUCUGCGCGAUCCACCCGAUCCCUGGCGAGUAUUACUUCGAGUGGAAAACCAAGCUGGCCAACAAGCAUGGAAAGCUGGAGACACGGUGGGUGCCGUACGACGUGCCGCUAUCGCUGCCGAUGUUCUUCCGGCUGUACCUCAUCUGCCGGGUCAUGUUGCUGCACAGCAAGCUGUUCACGGACGCAUCGUCCCGCAGCAUCGGCGCCCUGAACCGGAUCAACUUCAACACGAGGUUCGUGCUCAAGACGCUCAUGACCAUAUGCCCGGGCACGGUGCUCCUCGUGUUCAUGGUGUCCCUGUGGAUAAUCGCCAGCUGGACGCUCAGACAGUGCGAGAGGUAAAAACCAACCGACCGUCGCGGCGUGCCAAGCGACCGUCGAAUUUAUUAUAAUAUUACAUUAUUGUUAUUGUCAUUAAAUCGUAUCGUCAGCACUGCAGUGGCGCUGAGUACGGACUUGAGGAGGGGCUCAUUAAAACUCAAUUUUAGUAUUUUUUUUUAAAUUAUUUGAAAAAAUAAUAUAAAAGAAAAGUUAUUUUAAACAUUUCAAAGAUUGAUAGUGGCUGGGGUAGGUCAUGCGUAUAUGGUCAUUGGUCAUAUAACUCUAGUCAGAAUUGAAACAUAUUUUUUAACAGAACUCUGCGUCACUGUAGUAUAACUGUUUAUUAAAAUCUACACAAUAGUUAUGUUCCGAGACGAUCCUGGGUGAUUAUUUUUUCGGUAUUAUUGAUCGGAAGUCUCCGAUUCCGCAUCGGUACAACUCUUUACAUGCGAUUGAAAACUAACGGAUGCCUUAUCGAUACUCGGUAUAUGUAUAUUGUAUACUGUUUAUAAUGUGUGCAUUAUACAUCCAUAAUACAUAUUUUGAUCAACGCUGUUCAUCUAAUUGUUCGAGCGGUUUCGCUUGUUCUCGUUUAAUAUAACUCCCGUUUUCGGUCAGUUCGAUUGUGAUCUUCGGACACUACGGAAACUUUCUAUAUUAUGUUCUCUAUCCGUCGUGGGAUUAAUAAUAAUAUUAUAUUAUACGUGAUAAUAUUAUAGU